AUGGAUUCUGUUGCCAUCACGAAAGCCAAAGUGGAUUUCUCCAGUGUAGUGUGCCUGCCCCCUUCCGUCAUUGCUGUGAAUGGGCUGGACGGAGGAGGGGCUGGCGAAAAUGAUGAUGAACCAGUGCUGGUGUCCCUGUCCCCGGCACCCAGCCCCCAGAGCGAAGCUGUUGCCAAUGAGCUCCAGGAGCUCUCCCUGCAGCCGGAGCUGACCCUGGGCCUUCACCCUGGCAGGAAUCCCAAUCUGCCUCCACUCAGUGAGCGGAAGAAUGUGCUGCAGCUGAAGCUUCAGCAGCGCCGGACCCGGGAGGAGCUGGUGAGCCAAGGGAUCAUGCCGCCUUUGAAAAGUCCAGCUGCAUUUCAUGAGCAGAGAAGGAGCUUGGAGCGGGCCAGGACAGAGGACUAUCUGAAGCGGAAAAUUCGUUCGCGGCCAGAGAGAUCGGAGCUAGUCAGGAUGCACAUUUUGGAAGAGACCUCGGCUGAGCCUUCCCUCCAGGCCAAGCAGCUGAAGCUGAAGCGAGCCAGGCUGGCUGACGACCUCAACGAGAAGAUCGCACAGCGGCCCGGGCCCAUGGAGCUGGUGGAGAAGAACAUCCUGCCUGUGGAGUCCAGCCUGAAAGAAGCCAUCAUUGUGGGCCAGGUGAACUACCCCAAGGUAGCGGACAGCUCUUCCUUUGAUGAAGACAGCAGUGAUGCCUUAUCCCCUGAGCAGCCUGCCAGCCAUGAGUCCCAGGGCUCCGUGCCGUCACCCCUGGAGGCUCGAGUCAGCGAGCCACUGCCCAGUGCCGCCGCUGUGUCCUCCACUCAGGUUGUGUCUCAGCUGCCGAUGGGCCCCGAUUCUGGAGAAACCCUUUUCCUGGCUGAGCAGCCACCUCCGCCGGCCCCGCCUCUGCUGCCUCCCACCCUCACCAACGGCGCUGCCGUCCCCACCGCCAAGCCCACCCCAGCACUCAUCAAGCAAAGCCAACCCAAGUCUGCCAGUGACAAGUCACAGCGCAGCAAGAAGGCCAAGGAGCUGAAGCCCAAGGUGAAGAAACUCAAGUACCAUCAGUACAUCCCCCCGGACCAAAAGCAGGACAAGGGCCCGCCCCCCAUGGACUCCGCCUACGCCCGGAUCCUGCAGCAGCAGCAGCUCUUCCUCCAGCUGCAGAUCCUCAACCAGCAGCAGCAGCAGUGCAGCAGCCAAGGGGGGAAUGAGGCACUCAUUCUGCCUUUCCUUCUUCCCAGGCCUGCAGGGGAGACUCCGGGGAGCAGUGGGGGCCCCCCAGCACGCAGCCUUUCCACCAGCAGCAGCAGCCCCAGCUCGGGUGCCCCUGGUCCCAGUGGGCUGGCGCGUCAGAACAGCGUCUCGCUGACGGGCAAGCCCGGGGCCCUACCCACCAACCUGGACGAGAUGAAGGUGGCAGAGCUGAAGCAGGAGCUGAAGUUGCGCUCACUGCCUGUCUCAGGCACCAAGACUGGCUUGAUAGAGCGCCUGCGUGCCUACCAAGACCAAAUCAGCCCCGCCCAGGGGACCCCCAAGGCCCCCGCCACCGCCUCUAUUCUGCCCAAGGCUGGAGAGGUGGUGGUAGCCUUCCCAGCAGCCCGGCUGAGCACAGGGCCAGCCCUGGUGGCAGCCGGCCUGGCUCCCACUGAGGUGGUGGUAGCCACGGUGACCAGCAACGGAGUGGUCAAAUUCGGCAGCACGGGCUCCACCCCGCCCGUCUCUCCCACCCCCUCUGAGCGCUCCCUGCUCAGCACAGGCGACGAGAACUCCACACCUGGGGACACCUUUGGUGAGAUGGUGACGUCACCCCUGACCCAGCUCACGCUGCAGGCCUCGCCGCUGCAAAUCCUCAUGAAGGAGGAGGGCCCGCGGGCCGGUGCCUGCUGCCUGAGCCCGGGGGUGCGGGGCGAGCUGGAGGGGCGUGACAAGGACCAGAUGCUGCAGGAGAAGGACAAGCAGAUCGAGGAGCUGACGCGCAUGCUGCGGCAGAAGCAGCAGCUGGUGGAGCGCCUGCGGCUGCAACUGGAGCAGGAGAAGCGGGCCCAGCAGCCUGGCCCCGGCCCGGGCCCCCUCGGCACGGCCGCCACCGUGAAGCAGGAGAGCGGCUUCGCCAGCUGCCAGCUGAGCAGGCCGGCCCCGGGCCCCACGCGCUCCUUCAGCCCCGGCCUGGCCGCCUCCACCGCCGACCACACGGGUGCUGGCCCCGCAGCCCUCACGCCUCCGGCUGUGGUGGUGAAGCAGGAAGCCGGGCUGCCUGAGCCCACGCCGGUGCCAGCCCCCCAGCUGCUGCUGGGCCCACGGGGCUCUAGCUUCAUCAAGGGGGUCACGCCUCCCACCCUCAUCACCGACUCCACUGGGACCCACCUCGUACUCACUGUGACCAAUCCCAACGCAGACAGCCCUGGCCUCCCCGGCGGGAGCCCGCAGCAGCCCGCAUCCCAGCCUGACUCUCCAGCACCUGGCCCACCAGCCCAGAUGGAUCUGGAGCCCCCACCCCAACCCCUCUGUGGGCCCCCCAUUUCUCUGCUGAAGAAGGAGCCGCCUGGCUAUGAGGAAGCUGUGAGCCAGAAGCCCAAGCAGCAGGAAAAUGGUUCCUCAAGCCAGCAGAUGGAUGACCUGUUCGACAUCCUUAUUCAGAGUGGAGAGAUCCCAGCAGAUUUCAAGGAGCCGGCACCCUUGCUGGGGAAGGAGAAGCCCUCCCUGCCAGCCCCCUGCGUCUCCCCGCUGGCUGCACAGCCCUCGCCCUGCACCGAGCUCCCGCAGGCGGCACCCCCUCCGUCCGGCUCGCCCGCCCUCCCUGGGCACCUGGAGGACUUCCUGGAGAGCAGCACAGGGCUGCCUCUGCUGCCGGGCGGGCCUGAGGGCCCAGAGCCCCUGUCCCUCAUCGAUGACCUCCACAGCCAGAUGCUGAGCAGCUCCGCCAUCCUGGACCACCCCCCCUCGCCCAUGGACACCUCCGAACUGCACUUUGCGCCUGAGCCCAGUGGCACCAUGGGCCUGGACCUGGCCGACGGGCACCUGGACAGCAUGGACUGGCUGGAGCUGUCGUCGGGCGGGCCCGUGCUGGGCCUGGCCCCCUUCAGCACUGCAGCCCCCAGCCUCUUCUCCACAGACUUCCUGGAUGGGCACGACCUGCAGCUCCACUGGGACCCCUGCUUGUAG